AUUCAAUCAACACUCCUUGCGCUCAACAUCAACUAAUUGUGUCUGUACAAUAAUCCCACCUGCUAUUCAGAAACAUGCAAUAAUACAACAUGCGUUUUCGAACGAAACUCACCAACGCGGAGACUUUCUCCAAACUAACCGCCUCCCUCUCAUCCCUGGGCAAGACCUGCUGGAUGCGCCUGGAGCCAGGCAACAUCCGCUUCACCAUCAUCCCCGACCAAGGCACCCAAGUAUGGGCACAGUUACCAAUUGACGCAAUCUUCGACGAAUCGAGCUACAUCCUCGAAUCCAACUCAGGCGGAAUCAUCAACCUCGAAGUGCCGAUCGGCGCUCUCCACCGAGCCCUCCGCUCCGCCGUCGACGCCAAAUCCGCCCAACUCCGCCUCACCCAGAAGGGCCGCAUCCCGCUCCUGGCACUGACCAUCCGCACGCUCUCCUGGGCGCCCGGGUCCAACGCACUGGGCAUCACCGCCGCACCAGCACCAGCACCAGCACCAGCACCAGGAACUGGAACUGGUCCGGGCAGCGGUAGUAGCAGCAAUGACCCUCCUACUAUCACCAACGGCCCGACCCAUGCGCCCCCGUCAUCCACCACCACCACGACCGACACAACAACCGGCCCCGCCCGGCCCGGCCGCGAACGCGAAACCGUGAUCACGCAAGAAAUCCCCGUGAAGGUCUUCCACGAGUCCGCCGUCGAGGGCCUCCACGAGCCGCGCUGCCGCGACCCGGACGUGCACAUCAUCCUCCCGAGCCUGGGCCAACUGAAGAGCAUCUCGGAGCGGUUCACCAAGCUCGCCUCGCCGGGCCACGGCUUUGCGUCCGCCGCGUCGGAUGCCGCCACGAAGCCCACCGCAACGGGCGCGUCCGCCGCCGCCCCGAAACUCGAGCUGUCCGCCAACAUGCACGGCUCCCUCCGCCUGGCGAUCGCCACGGACGCCCUGCGCAUCUCGAGCGUGUGGUCCGGCCUCGUCAACCCCUCGCUGGACCCGGGCCAGCUGUCCCAGGGCGAGAUGGAGCGGUUGCCGAGCGAGCGGAUGCGCGCGGUGCCCGGGGACGAUGAGGCCGGGUGGGCGCGCGUGCGGAUCGAUGGGCGCGACUGGGGCAAGGUGUUGAGUGUGGGGAGGUUGAGUCCGAGGGUGGUUGCUUCUUUCGUCCACGAGACGGCCUUGAUUCUCUAUGUCUAUCUCCCGGGGACAUUUAAUGAAGAGGACUCGUGUCUCACGUACUACAUCAAUUCAUACGCGGCUUGAUCUCCUCAUUUGAACACGGAUCUAUAUCACGACAUUCUUGCUUCACGAAUCUCCUUUGAAUCUUUAUAUCAUGCUUUAGUUAUACCUGCUCUGUACUAUAAAGCAUAUCAUUGUUUCCUACGCGUAUAGAUCGGUCGGUUUAAUUGCACAAUUUCCAGCCCC